UUAGAAUAUGAUUUAUUGUUGGCGUCAGAGAUGCAAAGUAACGAAUACUUCAAUACUGUAUUUAAGUAGAAUUUUCUGGUAUCUUUACUUUACUGCUGUACUUUUUUGUGCCUACUGUAUACUUCUUUAUACUUCUACUUCUCACAUUUUAGCACGUGUGUCUGUACUUUGUAAUCCGUACAUUUGUAAAUCAGGCCCCAGCACGCGUGCUUUGGACGCAAGAUUACUUCAAAAUUUUGUACAUACAUUAUAUUUUAGACCCUGUACGUCUUACUUCCACUUGACUAAAAAGUCUAGUCAAUGCUUCUACUUUUAUUUGAUUAUUUUUAAACAGAGUUAUCUAAACUGUAGUAAGGAAGUGUGUACUUUUGACACCUUUGGUUAGCGUGAACACUGUAAAUUUCGUCACAAACAGAUUUAUAUAUUUAUCAAUACUUCUAUUCGUUAUUCUAUUCUGUACGCUUUUUUAUUGCCCAUAUUUUAGUUAGCCCCUGUUCAAUUGACUGUUAUAUGCCAAUAGAAACAUAUCUCAAAAAUUAAAGUGUCUUGUUAAAUAUUUGGGGGUUUUUUUCAAGAAUUUUCUUCCCAAAUCUCUUACAUGCCAACUGUAAAUUGUUAUUUCUGCUAAAACCUACACUUAAAUGUGUAUAUGGUGUUUAUCUGUUUUUCUCUCUCUCUGUUUUAGAUGCACAUAUCAAUCUGGAAUUCGGCCUUAAAGCCAGAAUUGCAGGAAUGCAACACGUGUUGCAGAGGACUCUUUCACUGCCCUCUGUGCCCCACUUUCAGCCCUAGUGUCAGGGCAAAGAUUGAGGAGCAUCUAAGUGGGCAUAUAAAAAAUGCUUUGCAUUUCAAUGGUAUGUUUGUAUUAAAUAUACUUUAUAGUUAUAAAUAUGCACUUUUUUAAGCACUUCUGCAGUAUCUUUGUUGACUUAAAAGCUGCUGUUGACAUUCUACAGUUCAGUGCAUUCAUCUGCAACAAAAAUUGUGUUUUUAUAAAAUAUAUUUUUAUUUACUUUUCACCACUUUUCUUGACAUAACUUUUGUGAUCCAUACCAUUUUGCUUUCAUUAUUGAGGUUGGCUUGGAUGUUUUUGUUAACAUGUACAAUCUGAUUGUUAGAUAAAUUGAUUGCAUUCUAUACAGUACAUUUAAAUUACAUGUUGUUGUUUGUUUGUUUGUUUGUUUUUUAUCUCUUACAGAUAAACUGAUAUGCCGGUGCAGGCUGCCUUGUAGGACAACAGGACACUUUCACUGCCCUGUCUGUAAGAUUACAAUCAUACGGCGUGGGGAUAUGGCAAGGCAUUUAUUGUCUUGUCAGCAUUCUUCAAUGCCAAGUCAGCCACCAUCAUCAGGACUGCUCCCUGCUGAACCCUCAGAGGAGACCCGUAUUCCUCCGGCAGCACUCACCGAGGAGACCCGUCUCCCCCCCAAGGUUUUGUCUUCGGUAUCUGAACCAUUUUCUGAAUCUUUGUUAGAACAUUCAUAUGCUCUACCCUCUGUGUUCAAUAAAAUUGCAGCUGAUGGAAAGUCCAUGAAAAUGACAUGCCCCCACUGUGGCCUUACUCUUCGUACAAAAAACUACAAGGCUCACAUGAUGAGGAAGCACUCCAACCAAUCAAUAGAUGUUUGCCUGGCCAGUCAUCUGCAGUGUGUUUGUGUAGGUGAAACUACAGGGUUAUUUGCUGUGCAGAGAACUGGCCAUGGGUGUUCUGUGCCAGUUCACGUUCAGAGGAAAACAUGGGGGAUGUCUCACAAUAUCAGAUGUGAGCUGGAGGAAUGUCAGCAAUACCAGUUGCUGGCCCAGCGGAGCGGACUAGGCUUCAGUUUAUGUGAGCACCUUCGCUCACUAGAUUACUGCCGAGAAACUGUAAAGGAGGUUUUUCUUCAAGAGCACAUCGUGAUGGAAAUGGUGGACCUUAAAUUUUUUGGAGAGGCCAAAGCUGCUACAUGCAUAAAGAGACAGAAAGCUGCCCAGAUGGCACAUGCUCCACUUUGUGUGAGGGUGGAUUUUGGUGGAUCCUCAACACAGAUCUGUUUGUCUGUAUUUGAGCCGGAAAUACACAGUUUCUGCCGUCUUGGCAGAAUAUUUGUGACUUACAAUGCUCUGAGGAACACCUGGCAUUGUGCUUGUGCAAAGCCACGAAUAUCAUGUCCUCAUAAAAGCAUAGCUAAAUGGCAUCUCUUCCAGACACAGAGAGACAUCUUCAAAUCAACUGUACCACUAUCAUCAAGCACCCCAUCACAGAUCACUCAGGAGAGUUCUUCCUUUAAGGACAAUGCUGCCGUCGAACGGAGUAUACGCUAUAUUUUUAAAGAGAAAAAAAUUCCUGGAUCUCUUCCAGAACAUGUCAUCUCACAGAAAAUGGAUCAUCAGAAACGGCUCUUUCCAUGUGAAACGUUGUGCCAGGUGUGCCCAGAGCACCCAAAACUUGAUGAGGCUGUUCUAGUUACCAAUAAAGCGAGGAUUGUCAGCAUGAUGGGAGUGAUUGAGAAUGUUUCAACACACCAUAGAUCGUGUCCUCAGUGCCACAUGGUCUACAGAUACCAGGAGUGGACAGAUGGGCUUCACAACUUUGACAACCACGUUGUUUUGUCUCUUGAACUUUGCCUUUUUUUGAGAGAAAAUCUGCAGGUGAGGAUCGCAAAAAUAAAAUAUACUCAUCUAAAGAUUGCUUUAAAAAUGUGUUUGUGUCAUUAUAUGUUGGUGCCCAAAUUUAAAUAACUGUGUAAUCACAGUCUUCUUCACUCUAUUGUCAUAUUACAGAACCAUGUAUCCGCUUCAAGGGUCAUUGACUCAUUGGAGGGCUUAAGAAGAGUGAAGUUUCCUUCUAGGGAUACCAUUUUUCAUGCUUAUUGCCAUUUUGAGGCUUUGACAGACGCAGAAUACAUGUACUCCUGCAUAAACUGUGGGUUUCCCCCCCCUUUGGUAGUUAUGG